UAAGCCCAGUCCAAAGGUUUCCCCCACGCUGUCACUGAAGUUUACUGCGUCUAUAAGCUCUCAGAUGGAUUCCGCAUGGCAAACUGUCCUGUCUGUACACCAGAGGAUAGUCGACAAUGGAGACAAGAGAACGGACCCCUGGCUGUUGGUCUACUCCCCAGUCCCGGUGACGCUCAUCUUCCUGCUUUAUCUGUUUGUAAUCUGGGCCGGCCCUCGUCUGAUGAAGCACAGAGAACCCUUUGAGCUCAAAGUGGUCCUCAUUGUUUACAACUUUGCCAUGGUUGGCCUGUCUGUGUAUAUGUGCCAUGAGUUCCUUGUUACAUCCUGGCUCCUUAACUACAGCUUUCUGUGUCAGCCUGUAGAUUACAGCACCAGUCCGCUGGCAAUGAGGAUGGCCAGAGUGUGCUGGUGGUUUUUCUUCUCUAAGGUCAUAGAGCUCAGUGACACGCUCCUAAUCAUCCUGCGGAAGAAGAACAAUCAGCUGACGUUCCUUCAUGUUUACCAUCACAGUACUAUGAUCUUCAACUGGUGGUUGGGAGUAAAGUAUGUGGCAGGUGGACAGUCGUUCUUCAUCGGCAUGAUCAACACCUUUGUCCACAUUAUAAUGUACUCUUACUAUGGCCUGGCUGCACUCGGCCCUCACAUGCAGAAAUACCUGUGGUGGAAACGGUACCUGACAUCUCUGCAGCUGGUGCAAUUUCUCCUGAUCCUUGUGCACACAGCGUACAACCUGUUUGCAGAUUGCAACUACCCUGAUGCCAUGAACGCUGUGGUGGUUGGUUACUGCAUCACCCUCAUCAUCCUCUUCAGUAACUUUUAUUAUCAGAGCUACCUCAGGAAGACGAAGAAGCAGAAAUGAGACGCCGUGAUGAGGCAACACACAGCUGAAACACACCGGUUUAAAAAAAAUACACACACACACAUAUAUAUAUAUAUAUAUAUAUAUAUAUGGGCAUUAUACAUAAUGUACAUUAAAGGUUUAUUUUUUGGAAAAAAAAUCUGCAGUACUUCGCAGCGACCACUGGAGGGCACAACAAGUCCACAGUGUGAAAGUUUUUCUCAGGGUGCUCAACGCACAACUAGCUCUGGGGACUGACAUUGCACAAUA